AUGUAUUCUGAAUUUCAGUUUCCGGUCAAACCAGAUACCCAGCUAGCGUGUGGCUUCCUUGAGUUGAGGGGGUUUAAUCUCCACUGUGCCCUCAGGUGUUUGGAUCGAACAGGUGGGAUUGUUCUUCUUCCAACCUCUGGCAAAGUGUUGGAGUUCUGUUUUGGCCAGGUCAAAGGUGAGACCCUCUCUUUGGCCCCAUUCCAUCAGAUAUCAUCUGCAUAUCCAAAACGGCCUGUUACAGACCUUGUCGUGUUAGACUCACGUGAUGACGCGGGGAGUUAA